CAUGGAGGAAGAUGAGAACUUUGGUGAGGGACCCAAUUUCCAAACCCUGAAAACGCUAUCAAACCAUCCUUGCACGACAACUCCAAUGUGAACCGCACCAAAUUCCCUCCUUAUAUUCUUGACUUUGCAUAUCUCCCCGACACACUCUGCAUCCCCAUCCAGCUACUCAUUUUUUGUUCUCUCUUUCUCCCCAAAUCUUCUUUUUUUUAUUACUUUUCAUCACCCCAAAACCGUGUUUCAAACCUCAAUCUCCAAUCAUAACAUAAUAGAUCUCUCUUCUCUUGUCAAUUCAAACAGAGGAAGAGGAAGAAGGAAGAAGAACCGUAAAAAAAACAGAGGAAGAAACAGGGGAAGCCGCCACAAACUAUGCAAUCUGAACCAGGACCAAAACCGCCAUUAGUGUUGUUCUUGCUCAUCCUGUCACUCUUUUUGCUCCUGAAUUCUUGUAAUGCAGCAAAAGCUACCAAAAACAUCACCUAUCAAUUCAGAGAAGCCCCUGAAUUCUACAACUCACCAGACUGCGCCACUAUUGCCGACACCAAUGAGGAAGAAGAAAGCAACACCGACAGUGAUAGGUACAUAUGCUCCGAUGAAGCAGUGCACGUUGCAAUGACCCUCGACACCACCUACCUCCGGGGAUCCAUGGCGGCGAUCCUGUCGGUUCUCCAACACUCUUCCUGCCCUCAAAACACCUUCUUCCACUUCGUCUGCUCCUCCGGCGCGUCCCUCCUACGCGCCGCCAUCUCCUCCUCAUUCCCUUACCUCAAAUUCCAUGUCUACACCUUCGACGACACGGUCGUCUCAGGCCUAAUCUCCACCUCCAUCCGCUCCGCACUCGAUUGCCCUCUCAACUACGCGCGAAGCUACUUGGCCAACCUCCUACCGCUUUGUGUCCGGCGCGUGGUGUACCUAGACUCCGACCUCAUUCUCGUCGAUGACAUUGCGAAAUUAGCUGCAACACCAUUGAAGGAAAACAUUGUUUUAGCAGCACCUGAAUACUGCAAUGCCAAUUUCACCUCCUACUUCACCCCAACGUUCUGGUCCAACCCUUCUCUGUCUCUGACUUUUGCAAACAGAGUACCCUGUUAUUUCAAUACAGGGGUGAUGGUGAUUGAUUUAGAGCGUUGGCGAAGUGGGGAUUACACAACGAAGAUUGAGGAGUGGAUGGAGCUUCAGAAGAGAGUGAGAAUCUACGAGCUGGGUUCUCUGCCGCCGUUUUUGCUUGUGUUUGCAGGGAACAUUGCAACCGUGGAUCAUAGGUGGAACCAGCAUGGUCUUGGAGGUGAUAACUUUCGUGGUCUGUGCAGAGAUCUUCACCCUGGUCCGGUGAGUUUGUUGCAUUGGAGUGGGAAAGGGAAGCCAUGGGUGAGGUUGGAUGCUAAUAGGCCUUGUCCUUUGGAUGCACUUUGGGCACCCUAUGAUCUGUUAAAGACUCCAUUUUCUCUGGAUUCUUGAGAAACACUAACUUGAAAUUGGUAUUUGGGAUUGGGAUCCAUAUAGACAUAUACAAAUGCAUAUAGUAUAUAGUUAUAUACUGCAAUUUUAGCUUCUCCCUGGUGCUUUCUAAUUGGAACAGAAGAGAAGAGGGAAGAUUGAACAGACAAGAACAAGAGUGGAGGAAGGAGGGAGAAGGGAUGAUCUUUCUGUGGAUUCAUUGAUACAUUUGAAGGGAAGGGUGGGUGAGAUUUAUGAAUUUUGCAAUGACAGUGAAUUUAACUGUUAUUAUUGAUCGUUUUGAAUAAAUGUGCAUAUCAAUUGAACAGAGCUCCGAAUUGUGGAUGCGUGAAUUCAUGAACUAUUCUUUGGUAUGAGAAAGUAAUAAAGUUCUGUAUAGAGUUAUAGACCA